AUGAUGUACACGAAACCCAAAGCACGACAGCCAUGGUCUCUACGGCGCAAGAUCCUCAUCGCCGUCGGCAUCGUCAUUCUAAUCCUCGCCUUAGGCCUCGGUCUAGGUCUAGGCCUCACAUUAGGACGCGAUAACGACGACGACAACGACAACACCUCACCACCAACCUCCACCCUAACACCCCUCCCCACACCAAACACCACACUCCCAUGGACACCAUCCGUAUCCGAUACCUGGCAAAUCAUCCUGUCCCAUCCGCCCGUUCUCUCCUCCUCAGACACUAGCACAACGCCCAACGUGAGCAUCUUCGACAUCGAUCUCUUCGACACGCCCACCGAGACGAUACGACAACUACACUCCAUGGGCAAGAAAGUGAUAUGCUAUUUCAGCGCAGGCAGCUACGAAGACUGGCGGCCUGACGCGUCGGAGUUCAAAAAGGAAGAUCUUGGGCGUGAUCUAGAUGGGUGGCCGGGUGAGAAAUGGUUGGAUCUGAACAGUGAGAAUGUGAGGAGGGUGAUGAAAAACAGGGUAGAUCUGGCGAAGGAGAAAGGGUGUGAUGGUGUUGAUCCUGAUAACGUUGAUGGAUACCAAAACAACAACGGCCUCUCCCUCACCCCCUCCUCCUCAAUCUCCUACCUCCAAUACCUCUCCUCCCUCACCAAUCCCCUAAACCUCACUCUCGGCCUCAAAAACGCCGGCGACAUUAUCCCCGCCGUCCUCCCCAUUGUCCACUUCAGCGUUAACGAGCAAUGCGCAAAGUACGGUGAGUGCAGCACCUUCGCCCCUUUCAUUGCAGCGGGGAAACCUGUGUUUCAUAUCGAGUAUCCAGAUGGGGCGGGGGCGGAACAAGGGUUGGAGGAAGAUGUUGUGGGGAGGUAUUGUGAUAGAGAGGGGAAGGGGGAGGGGAGCGAGGGGUUUAGUACGGUGCUGAAGAAGAUGGAGUUGGAUGGGUGGGUGGAGUUUUGUGAUAGAAGAGUUGAGGUUACGGAUGUAGAUGAGGGGGUGGGGGGUCGUGGGUAG